AUGUUUCGCGCGCGCCGCUACAGAGUCCUCCUCGUUUUCGCCGCGGCGUUUGUCCUUGCUUUUCUGCAUUUCGCCCGAUCGCGCGAAUGGUCCGACGCAACAGUUGUUAAACCUUCCACACAAGCUCCUAAGCCUAAUUCCGGGUCACCGGAGUAUCCGAGGCCAGACCCUCAAGCCGGCACGAAUCAGCCGCCUACGAAACCCGUGUUGGAAGAUGGUGCGAGUAGAUUUGCGCCUGCGAAGCCGGAUCUUGAAUCGUAUGGCUCAAGGCCAGCGGCGGAUAAUAAGGCACCCGGUAUCUCAAUAACGCCGUCGAAGGGGAAUGAGAAGGAGUCUUCUGGCUCGGGUUCUGAUUCGGGCUCGAGCUCGUACAAUUAUAACAACAAUAAUGGCAAGACCAACGAUGAUGGAUAUAGCUCUAGUAAGAGCACCAUUGGUGAGGAUAAGAGCUCCAAAUAUACUAGUCCUGGGUCUGGUGGGAAUCAGGACCAGACAUUGAGCUCGGAUAAGGGGUCUUCAGUCAUUGACGAGACGAACCCAGCUUAUCUCGCUGAGGAGCUAGAUACCGGGGGCGCUGGUAGAUCGUCGGCUAAGCUCACUGAACCCGGAACCACACCUGCCCAUUGGAAGAAGUUCCCAGAGCGAUUCCCAGUACCAGCGGCUCAGUUAAUCAAGCUACCGAAGGAUCGGGCCACAUCCAUAAGCAAACUGCAGGCUAAGUUCAAGGAUGAGUCGUCUGUCGAUAAGCAGGAGCGCAUGCAGCAACUCAGCACCAUUCGAGCGGAGUUUAAGCGUGCUUGGCUUGCGUAUAAAAAGGCUGCGAUGGGCCACGAUGAGCUCAAGCCUUUGACUGGGGGCUUUGAGGAUCCUUUCAAUGGAUGGGGUGCGACAUUAGUGGAUGCGCUCGACACCUUGUAUAUUAUGGAUUUGAAGGAGGAGUUCGCUGAAGCGGUGGAUGCUGUGAAGAAGAUCGAUUUCAAAACUUCUGCUCGUGAAGAUAUCCCCGUUUUUGAGACAGUUAUUCGAUACCUGGGCGGUUUACUGGGCGCCUAUGAUAUUUCUGGACAACGAUAUCCUGAACUAUUGGAGAAGGCUCAGGAGCUUGCUGAGGUCUUGAUUGGUGCUUUUGAUACACCCAAUCGCAUGCCGGUGCUUUACUACCGCUGGACUCCGGACCAUGCUGUCCGACGUCACAGAGCCUCAGGAAAGGCUGCACUUGCCGAACUUGGAUCUUUAUCUCUGGAAUUCACUCGAUUGGCUCAAUUGACCCAAGAAGACAAGUAUUAUGAUGCCAUUGCACGUAUCACAAACGAGCUGGAGCAGCUUCAAGACGAGACCACCAUUCCAGGCUUGUGGCCUAUGCGCGUCAAUGCACAGGGCUGUGCUAAAUACAAGCCUACUCAACAGGUAAACCGUGGGGUCGGUAGCCCUUCAAAGGAGGAGGCUCGCUCCGAGCCGGACACUUACUUGAACACACCAAGUGAAACGAAAAACAGUACCGAAAGCAAGACUGUGCCACGCAAGCACUAUAGUGCGCCUACGGAUGUGAAUAGUUACAUGAACUUGAUGUCUCGAGAUGUCUCUGAUGACUUCUCACAGUCCGAGCCCGCCAACUACCACUCGGGCCCUACAACAUUAGAUACCGAAGCCCAGCUGGAACAAGAUUACAACUGUAACAGCGGCUUGCUAAUGCCAACUUCAUACCGUGAAAACAAGUAUACCAUGGGAGGAAUGGCCGAUUCAACAUAUGAGUACUUGCCAAAGGAGUAUCUCCUGCUGGGUGGUGCGAACGAUCAGUAUAAAUCAAUGUACAAGAAGGCCAUUGACGCUGCCCGCAAGAACCUUCUCUUCAGACCCAUGAUCAAGGGUGAGCGCGAUAUCCGUUUCAUGGCAUCGACUUCCACUCUGGAGCUGGGAAGGAAGAACCUGGAUAUUUCGACCAGCUUAAUCCAUGAGAGCCACCAUCUGACCUGCUUUGUUGGAGGUAUGGUCGCUGUUGGAGCCAAGGCCUUCGGUAUCCCCGGAGACAUGGAACUUGCAGCCAAACUCACUGAUGGUUGCGUGUGGGCAUACGAGUCCACUACCACAGGCAUCAUGCCAGAACGAUUCCGUGUACUACCUUGUACCAAGGACAAGACCUGCGAAUGGGAUCAAGCACGAUAUGACGCUGAGAUUACCCAGUUUGGUCAUGUCCGCGACUCCGCAGCUGCAGCCCAAUAUCGCAGUGGCGAGAGCACAUAUGGACAGCGUGUCAAGAUGAACAGUGAUUGGAAACCACAAGAUAUCGCUGAUAGCGGCAUGGCUGUUCCUUUCCCCAUGCCCGGUUCAUUGAAUCCCCACGACAAAGACCCUCUUAACAAGCGAGACUCAUUCGCUGUUGGCCGUGUUGCAGUAAGCUCUACCAUUCCGAGACCAGCAUCGCCCACAGGUGGAUCUGGAGAUCUGGAAGACCGAGACGCGCCUCGUGUCUCUUCACCGGGCCCCUUGUCACAGACUGACCGCGACUACCACCUGCCAACUGGGAUGGUUAGCAUUCCUUCAUCGGAAUACUUACUCAGACCUGAAGCGAUCGAGUCGGUUUUCAUCAUGUACCGAUUAACAGGCGACGAGAUCUGGCGUCGUAAGGGCUGGAAGAUGUUCGAAGCUAUCACGAAGCAUAGCCGAACCGAACUAGCCAACGCCGCUAUCUCGGACGUCAUGUCCCUCAAGCCAGCACAGAAGGAUAGCAUGGAAUCAUUCUGGUUGGCAGAGACAUUGAAGUACUUCUACCUGCUCUUCAGCGAUCCAACUGUAGUGGAUCUUGAUAAAUAUGUUUUGAACACCGAAGCACACCCAUUCCAACGUCCGAAUUGA